CUGUAAGACCGAAUUCACUCUCACAGCUCCGAAAUGUUCCCUGCGAUACUUUCAUGGAAAAUGGUUACGGGAUGAAGGAGGAACAAGAAACAAGCCCAUUCUAGCGGUUCAGAAAAAAUCUCUCCUCAAGAGUCUAACUACUGCCCAACAUGGAUAGUCCAUUACGCGGGGCUCCCCCGACACCUCCGCUGUCCCCUGGCCACUAUGACGUGGGCUUCUCCCGCCCCCCGCACAGCCCUUCCCAGCAGUCCCGGCGCUCACAGCUCAACGCUGCCAGCGGGGUUUCUAUGGCAACAGGGACCGACACGCCCAGCUCUAGCUCACCACAGCCUUCUCCGCAACACACUACAGGAGAGGGAGUACCUGGAGAUGUUAAUGUUCAAGAGCUGGAGGAGAGAGCCAGAGCAGGAGAUGCUAAAGCACAGACUGAGAUGGGGAAGCACUACCUGCGAUUGGCAGAGCAGGAGGAGGACGAGGGGAACAGCGUCACCGCGGUAACGUGGCUCGUGCAGGCGGUGAAAAACGGCCGAAGAGACGCGGUGAAGCUCCUGCAGCGAUGUCUCAACGAGGGGAGGGGCAUCACUGCUGAGAACAGGGAGGAGGUGCGUAGUCUGGCUCUGGAGUCUCGUUUUGAGAGGAGUGUGAGGAAGGCGGCUCUGCUGAUGUACUGGAGACUCAACCCAGAGAGGAAGAGCACCAUCACCGCCACAGAACUACUGGAUAAUGUGGCCCACAUCAGCACUGAGACAGAUGGCGCCGCUCCCCAGGGACCGCUCUCCACCUCCGCUCUACGACAGAAGAAAGUGCUAGAAGGCCUCAUCUCCGCUGAGCCUUGUCAGUGUGUGUGUGUGGAGGACUUUGUGGAGAACACUAAGCGCUACGCGCUGGGCGUCGCCCCCUCACCAGCGUUAGACGGAGCCACAGGAGUGGACGACGACGAUGACGAAGAGCCGGUCAAGAACCCAGACGAGCUGCCCCUGCACCAGAAGGUGCUGAAGUUCCCGCUGCACGCGGUGCUGGAGAUCAAGGAGGUGCUGAUCGAGUGGGCGUCUCGCGCGGGCAUGCAGUGGCUCAGCGCGCUCAUCCCCACGCACCACGUCAACACGCUGCUCUUCUUCUUCAUCAUCUCCAACCUGACGCUGGACUUCUUCCUGCUGGCCGUGCCGCUGGUGGUCUUCUACCUGGCCUUCGCCUCCAUGGCCAUCUGCACGCUGCGCGUCUUCCAGGACAGCCGCGGCUGGGACAACUUCCGGGCGCUGACGGCGCUGCUGGCGCGCUUCGAGCCGGGCCUGGACGUGGAGCAGGCCGAGUCCAACUUCAGCUGGAGCCACCUGGAGCCGCACCUCUACUUCCUGCUCUCCGCCCUCUUCCUGGUGCUGGCCUUCCCGUUGGCCGACGCCGGCUGGGUGCCGUGCGCGGAGCUGGGGGCGGUGGCCAUCUUCUUCACGGUCAGCAGCUACCUGAGCCUGCAGCCUGUCGCCCAGCCCCCCGCUCGCCACGCCCUGCUGACCCAGGUGGCCAUCGCCGCGUGCACGCUGACCAAUCAGCAGCUGGGAGGAUGGCUGGGGAGGCUUGUGGGCGGAGCCUGGUUUAGCUUGCCGCUUGGCGAUUGGGCGACGCUGAACGUGGGCGUGCCCUGCCUGCUGUACGGGUACCUGCUGAGCGUGUGCUGGCGCAUGGUGUCCGUGCGGGGCUUCCGAGGGUUCUACUGCGUCCUGCUGCCGUACCUGCUGUGCUUCACCUGGGCGGAGCUGGCCGGCACGCUCCUGGAGCACUCCUCGCCGCUGGGCCUGAUGCGCACCUGCGUGGGCUACCUGCUCUUCGUCUUCGCGCUGCCCGUGCUGGCCCUGGGCGUGGUGGCGGCCGCCGGCGUGCAGCUGGCGCAGUGGUUCCUGGCGCUGGACGUGGCCAAGAUGGGCGUGGCGGCGUGCGCGCUGGCCUGCCCCGUGCUGCUGCGCUGGUGGACGCGCUUCAGCGUGUCUCCGCUGGCCGUGCUGCGCUCGCUCCGGCGCAGCAGCCUGGUCAAGCUCAUCCUGGUGUGGAUCAGCGCGCUCGUGCUCUUCUGCUGGCUCUACGUGUUCCGCAGCGAGGGCAUGAAGGUCUACAACUCCACGCUCAGCUGGCACCAGUACGGAGAGAUCUGCGGACCCAGGGCGUGGCGUGACAGCAGCAUGGCCCAGACGCAGGUCCUGUGCAGCCACCUGGAGGGUCACCGGGUCACCUGGACUGGACGCUUCCGCUACGUGCGCGUGACCGACCUGGAGAACGGGGCUCAGGCACUGGUCAACAUGCUCCCGGGCCCCGUGGCCGACUGGCUGCGCUGUUUCUACGGGGACGAGUACCCGCCGUGCGAGGACCCGGCCCCCCCGCGUCCCCUCCCCGCCGACUCGUCCCCCCCCGACCCGCUGUGCCGCAUCAAGCCCCUCGCCAAGCACCCCUGCCACCUCAAGCGCUACGACCGCCUCAAGAUGGAGGUGACGGUGGGCAUGCCUCGCGGAGGAGGAGGGGAGGGCAGCGCUAACGGCGGAGCGGGCAGCGAGGACGACGCCACCAAGGACAUCGUGCUGCGGGCGAGCGACGAGUUCCGGCCGGUGCUGCUGGCUCUGCGGGGGGGCAGCCUGCUGGAGUUCAGCACGGUGCUGGAGGGGCGCUUGGGCAGCAAGUGGCCGGUGUUCGAGCUCAAGGCGCUGCGCUGCCUCAACUGCGACGGCGUCGCGCACCCCACCGUGCCCGCCGGGCGCCAGCUCAAGCUGGAGCAGGACUGGCGCGCCCGGCUACGCCACGCCCUGGCCUUCGCCUUCCACUUCCUCUUCCACCCGCUCCUCUCCGUCCGCACCGACCACGCCGAGGGCCACGCCGGCGCCGUCACCACCGAGCUGCAGCCGUAGCGCUCCGGUCGGGUGGAGGUCAGGUGGAGGUCAGGUGGAGGUCAGGGAGAAAACCCUUUAGUUUUGAAAAACAGCUAAAAUGUGAAACCCAGUGCAAUCUCACUACAGUGUGCUGCCGGCAGAUAUUCAGUGUUAAAUGCAGUGACAGCACUGCUGUGUGUGUGUGUGUGUGUGUGUGUGUGUGUGUGUGUGUGUGUGUGUGUGUGUGUGUGUGUGUGUGUGUGUGUGUGUGUGUGUGUGUGUGUGUGUGUGUGUGUGUGUGUGUGUGAGAAUGGUAUUGCGAUGAUAGUGACUUGCUGCAGUAGCUUAUAAUGUUAUUCAAUUAAUACACAAUCAAUGAAGAAUUCAGUGUAUGUCCGCCUUGAAACUAAGAAUAUGUCCUUUUAUGUGUGUGAGAGUAGUGUGAGUGUGAGUGAGAGUGUGAGUUCAAUUGACUAGUUUAGUCAAUGGCCUGAUCCUACCAAAGAGUUAAGGCCCUGGUGCCUUUAAUAUGGAGGCUAGGUAUACUGAACGGUACAAUAUCACUGGGGGUUUUCAUGUGUCUGUGUUCCAUAGUGUAUGAUAAUUAUGCUAAUAAUUAUGUUUUAUUAGAGAUUAGUAGGCUGGUGUGGAACCUGGAUUUGAACAGUUAAUAGUUCUUUAUUGGUUUUGAGGUUCCAACUACUGUGUUUACCUAGAAAGUAACUAUAGACAGACAGCGUUAGCCAUUAUCUGGAAGGGUUCCAUAAGAUGGGAGAACAUCCUGAUCUAGAUUGGAGAUCAUCCCUAGAACCGAUCUGGGUCAUAUCUCGGCCAGAUUCAUCUGUUGUCUGUGCCGGCAGUUCAGAAGGAAAGGAGAUUUGUCAUGUUUAUCAGGAAACAUACACUUCCCCCUCAAACACUCAACACUACACACACACACACACACACACACACACACACACACACUACAGUCAACAGACACACACACACACACACACACACACACACACACAUACUAACGCCAUACACUAACAGCUGGUCUGUUGAUCAUGACUGAAUCAGUGGUCAUAUAAUUUCAUAGUCUCACCAGUGACUGUAGGCACACACACACGCCCAUAUGAAAAAGAAGUAGAAAAAAACGUAUACUGCCAGCAAUGUGUUUUAUAUACAAAACUUGUAUGAUUUACUCUUGAAAGUGGCCCCUUUCUUGUUUUCCUCAUAUAAUUUCCUCAAUGGUCUUGAAUCCUGAUAGAUUUUUUAUAUGACAGUGAAAUCAUUAUAAGAUCAUUAGUAAAUCUGUGUAACCUGAAACAUAAAACUUUGUUGCCUGUAAGGGCUAUAUAUGACAUUGUAUCAGGAAAACGAGAAAGGGGCCACUUUCAAGAGUAAA